AUGUCGUCGUCGGAGGGUGCGCCGGAGUCGUGGAUCUCCUCGUUCUGCUCCCUUAUGGGCCACGAGUUCUUCGCUGAGGUGUCGGAAGAUUUCAUUGAGGAUGACUUUAACCUAACGGGCCUGCAGUCGCAGGUGCCCAUGUAUAAGGAAGCGCUGGAGAUGAUUCUCGAUGUGGAACCUGAAGAUGAUGAGGAGGAGGAAGAGGAAGAGGAGGAGGAAGAGGAUGACGAGGUUUUGGGCGAGGACCGACCGAUCGGUUAUCGGAGAGCUGGUGACCGCCGACACGCCCGCGUCGCUAGCGAUUUAAGUGUCAUCGAGAGCUCCGCUGAGCUUCUGUACGGUCUAAUCCACCAGCGGUAUAUUACCUCGCGACCGGGCAUUCAACAGAUGCUGGAAAAGUAUGAAAUGCAGCAUUUCGGUGUUUGCCCGCGCGUCAACUGUAGCGGAUGCAAGGUCCUGCCCGUGGGCCGAUCCGACACCCCAGGUCAAGAAACGGUCAAGCUCUUCUGUCCUGGCUGCAUGGACAUCUACACCCCACCCAAUAGUCGCUUCCACUCUGUCGACGGGGCCUUCUUCGGUACCACAUUCGGAUGUCUGUUCUUUAUGACAUUCCCCGAUCUGGGUAUCGGGCCACGCCUAGAUGCCUCCUUCUCCGCCAUGCCUCGCAACCCUUCACAGCCUGGAAGCCGAUCUCAACCAGAGGAGGCACCCACCCCCGAAAACCAGCCGCUCGAGAUCAAUGGCGUCCGCACAGACAGCUUCUGCCCCGGACUUGGGCGUGGCAAGGUUUAUGAGCCCAGGAUCUACGGGUUCAAGGUCUCCGAGGCCUCCCGUGUAGGUCCCCGCAUGAAGUGGCUUCGAAUGAAGCCCAGAAAUAUCUACGAGCUCGAUGAGGCUCUGCAACACGAGGAAAAUGCCGCCUACCCGGAUCAAAAGCCCGGUCAGUCUCGACAGAAGGAUGGAGAUGUGGAAAUGAAGGCCGGACAGUCUCAAGAGGCAUCAAUUGCAAACCGGAAAAAGGCACCCAUGCGACGACGACGAGUGGGUGACUCGGCUCCUGGUCAGGGGGUUCAGGGAGCAGAUAUCGGCUGA